UAUCAUAUCUUUCAAGUUUACAAGAACUGUGCCGAACUCUACAAAGCUGGUAAACAGAAAAGCGGUGUUUAUUCCAUCGACCCCGACAACACUGGUGCCUUCGAUGUGUAUUGUGACCAAACGACAGACGGUGGGGGUUGGGCAGUGUUCCAGAAGAGACUGGACGGCUCGGUUGAUUUCUAUCGCGGCUGGGAAGACUACACACGAGGCUUUGGAAAUCUGAAUGGUGAGUUUUGGCUCGGACUGGACAAGAUUCAUCGCCUGACAAAAGAGCGAAGCAGGCUUCAUGUGGAUCUUGAAGAGACGACGGGAAAAACGGCUUAUGCUGAAUACGACUUUUUUGGUGUUGCAAGCGAGAGAAGUAAAUACAAGUUGAGUCUGGGAACAUAUUCGGGUAAAUUGUGCUUUUAUAAAGAUCAUUUCAUAUAGUUCUAUCAUCGGAAUUAAUUUUUCUUUCGUUUUUUCUUUAUUAGCUACUUUUAAUUCAAUCAGCACUUUUUAUUGCAACAUCCAUUCACUUUAUUUCCAACUUUCAAAACACAAACAACCAAGCAAGCAAAAAAGAAAGCAAAAUCCGCUUUAAAAAGUUUCAAAGUUCAUUUCUACGAUGCCAUGGGGCCUGAAACAACAAAUCAGUUCAAGUUGUUGAAACAUUGUCACUUGAGUUGGGGUGAAGAAUUCGCCUUUCUCAUACAAUUUAUUAAGUUUUAAGUCUUAAGUUUAUUGUUUGCCAGAACUAAAUACGUAAAUAUGAAAAGCCAAUUUCGAGGAAGCCCAAAUAAGGAACUAAUCGAAUGUAUGCCAAAUUCGACCAUCACUUAUUUGAAGUCGAGUUCAACAUAUUGUCAGCCUUUUACCGUUUUUGUUUGUUUGUUGUUGUUGUCUGUUUUUUCUAGUAUGUAUAUAAACAUUCCAGCAGCUAACCUACCUAAUAAAUCACCUGGCAAGUUUCACUUACAACCUGGGAAUUUGGGAAUUGCCCCCCCUUCCCCCACUGGCAGUAACGACGGGCAUGCAGUAACUUCUAAUCCUUCUUGUUUUUUGCCUAAGGAACUGCAGGUGACUCGCUUUCACCUCAUCGUGGAAUGGCGUUCUCCACCAAAGAUCGUGACAACGACCGUAGAUCCGACAAAAGCUGUGCCAUACUCUGCAAGGGAGCUUGGUGGUAUAACUCCUGUGUUGCUUCAAAUUUAAACGGCCUCUAUCAUCACGGGACACACUCUACGUCUUUUGAGGGUGUCAACUGGAAUACGUGGAAAGGCGGCACCUACUCCGCUAAGCGAGCUGAAAUGAAAAUCAAACCAGUAAACGCAUAG